CAAGCAGACAUGGUCACAAGAAGAAGCCAUACUCCAUAAAAGCCAAAUCCCAAGCUCCCUCUUCUCGAAAGCCGUAGGAGAAGCUGCCAUUGGCAAGAAGCUCAUCAAGAAGAGAGCUAAUCCCGAAAAAAAAUCUGAGAGAGAGGCACAGGCGCUGAGCAUUUCAUCAUCUUGGUGAUAGGAACGGAAGAGCUGCUCCCAAUCUUGGUUUGAUUCGAUCAGAGCCAUUGGACCUCCCAAAAUAGGGUCAAAAGAGGAGAGGAGAGAGGAGCAGAAGACGUGCAGGGCCUGCCAUUUUUAGCCGCUGCUCGUGCUCCCAAUCUGAGGCUGCCGGUGCUUGCUUUGCUUCCGCCUCCUCCUCGGGUUCUUGCAGCUUCCGGGAUCAAUCUUCCCACAGAGGCGGCAGCACCGGCCAAAUACGGUCGUCUUCUUGAUUCUUGGUGCAACGAAUCAGCUCACCCGAGGAAAGAUCCGUGCGGGUUCUUGCAAUCCAAGGGGUCAAGGAUUAGAGAGUAAUAAAUCAGUGGUUACAAUAUCCUUGGAGGAGUAAUCCAUCAUAAGCUCUUUUUUUUUUCCAAGAAAGGUUAGGAAGAUAGAAGGAAGAAAACCUUCGAAGCAGCAGAGAUUUGGGGAUUUUUAGAUCGAUUUUUGUGAAUAUUAUUUGUUGGCAAGUAGAUUUGUGGAUAAGAACAUGUUUGGUACCCAAGUGAGGGGUGUGGUGGAAGAUGAUUUCAACCCUAGGAGGAGGAGGACAUUGUGGAACACGCCAGCUGCAUCCAUGCCCACUACCACCCACACCAUCAGGUACAGCACACCCAGGAAGGGCCAUGCCAAUGCUCACCAGCUGUUGGCCAAAUUCGAGGACCUCUACGGAUUCAUGGUGGAGGGCAAUGUCGACGACGUCAAUGUGCUGAACGAUGUGAGGGAGAGGAUGAGGGAGCAAGGGAGGGUGUGGUGGGCGCUCGAGGCCAGCAAGGGCGCAAACUGGUAUCUCCAACCAAGGAUCUCCUCCAAUGGUGGCAGUGAGGGGGUAAUCAGCGUCACGUCGCUCAAGCUGUCGGUGCUCACCAACACGAUUACACUAAGGAGGCUGAUCAGGAAGGGUGUGCCACCAGUGCUGAGGCCGAAGGUGUGGCUGUCAGUGUCGGGGGCUGCCAAGAAGCGGUCAACGGUGCCUGAGACGUACUAUGAUGAGUUGAUCCGGGCUACUGAGGGGAAGACCACGCCAGCCACGCUACAAAUCGACCAUGAUCUCCCUCGCACAUUUCCAUGUCAUUCUUGGCUGAACAGUGAGGAAGGUCAGGCAUCUCUUCGGCGUGUGCUUGUUGGUUACUCAUUUCGUGACUCAGAAGUUGGAUAUUGCCAGGGUUUAAAUUAUGUAGCUGCAUUGUUGUUGCUUGUUAUGAAGACAGAGGAAGAUGCAUUCUGGAUGCUUGCUGUACUACUGGAAAAUGUACUUGUCAAUGAUUGCUAUACUGAUAAUCUUUCUGGAUGCCAUGUCGAGCAGAGAGUUUUCAAAGACCUCCUAGCUAAAAAGUGCCCCAGGAUUGCUGCUCAUCUUGAAGCAAUGGGGUUUGAUGUUUCUCUUGUUGCCACAGAAUGGUUCUUGUGCCUCUUCUCCAAGACCUUGCCUUCAGAGACAACCCUCCGGGUAUGGGAUGUUCUAUUCAAUGAAGGAGCAAAAGUAUUGUUCCAUGUUGCUCUGGCAAUUUUCAAGAUGAGAGAAGAUGAUCUACUACGUAUUCAACAUAUUGGUGAUGUAAUUGAUAUUUUGCAGACAACUGCUCAUCAUCUAUACGACCCUGAUGAACUCCUCACGUUCGCUUUUGAUAAGAUUGGUUCGAUGACAACAAACACAAUCACAAAGGAAAGGAAAAAGCAAGAGACGGUUGUAAUGGCUGAGCUUGACCAAAGAAUCAGACGGUUAAGUUCACUCAAGAUGGAUGGAUAAUGUAUAAGAAAGGGAAAAAUGCUCUGCAGUGUUGUAGCCUUUGUAGGUUUGGAAACAGUGAAAUGGGUAGUCAUUUGGUACUUGGCACCAGUUCAGACUGCGGUUCGAUGAGUGAAAUCGUGGAAGAACCAAGAAUAUGGGGGAGUUGCGAAAACUGCAAUGUGGGUUUCUCAUGAACAAGUCAUAUUGUGUGUUUUUGUGUGUGCAUCACAUCUUCAUAUUUGAAAGAGAAUUCCAUGAUGCCAUAUGAGCAGAUUGUGCUAAUGGUGGAAA